UACAAAUAUAUUCAUUCUUGAUGCAAAGUAAUGUUGUGGUGAGACGCACCCACCCACGAUGUGGUGCCACUGUGGUGGGGUAGUUAAGCGAUAAGUUAAUCCCAGAACUCGGACUGUUGUAUUUGAACAUCACUUGUCCAAUUGUCCAAGUUGGGUUGACAGAUUCUACCAAGCAUAUUCCUUAUGUUUUAUUUAGUUCCCUUACAUCUUCAAUGUCAAAAUAGCUAUCUUUCUCUAUUUGACAUGUGGUGUGCUGAUUUAGAAGAGGCUGUCAUGAAUGUCUUCUAGCACUCCCCGUAAAACACUCUAUACAUCUCUCAGGAUAUUCAAAUUACUAGACACAACAGGACCAUUGAAUUACUCAUUUGAAGCAAUCCCUAGUGAGGUUAUCUACAAUAUUGCAAAACCUUCUGUAUAACUAUUUUCUCCUCUGAAAAGAUGUGGUUUUCGUUAUUUGACAUUUACCACCAUUAACUAGCUGUCAAGGGAUAGCUCGCUCAAAAUCUUCACAGCAAACCGCAGCAGUUACUUGUACAGGCAGGACAUGCAUAAUUAGCCAUUUAUUCACCUAUUUCUGACCAUCACCACACCACGAACCUAUGCCAGCCGAGCUGUGCCUGAUCGAGCCGCCUUUCCCGGGCGCCGUCAGCUCCGCUGCAACAACGCCCCAAGCUCACUGCACUGCAUGUUCCCCGACUCGGCUAAGUAAGCCGCGGACGGACCAUUGUCCACCAACCAAACAAAAUCACCGCCGUCUGAUUCUCCAACCCCCACGGUUUCUACCUACCCCAAACACUCCCGCAAGCAUUCGAUACCACCCUAUCCUGGGGUCGCCCGCUAGCUCUUACUUUCCCCUCAUUCGUCAUUACCCAAGCAAUCUGCAGUUGCUCUCGUGAGGUGACGUGACAUGCUCCCCCUCGUCAUCUGCGGUACGCACCCGAGAGCAGCCUCCUCCUUUGACCCUCAACUCCCCCUCUGAGACUUGAGUAACAAUUGCACAACACCUGGAUACUGGUCACCACCCGCUGUUGUACGUGGCAGAUGCCAGCCUGCUUACUUGUGCAAUCCCAUUGUCUGCUACAGGUCUGAAAACAUGAGCUGGUCGCUCACCAUUCGCCCUGCUCUGCGGCCUUGCCGCGGCGGCACCUGUCCAGACGCCGCAUCUCUCCCUCAGCGUUUGCGCGCCGCGAUUUCUGCUACUCAAAUCCGUCGGUUCUCCGCUGGACCCCAAUGGUGCGAGGAACAGAAGAAACCCACCACCCCACCGAACUUGAUAACCUCCGUUCCUUACUCUGCCCUAACCAUUGGGAUCCCCUUCGAAACCUUCCCGAACGAGCGACGCGUUGCCCUGACGCCACAGAAUGCCGCUCUCCUGUUGAAGAAGGGAUUCGGGCGCGUGCUGAUUGAGCGUGGUGCUGGUGCUCAAGCUAAGUUUACAGAUGAAGCAUAUGAGAAAGCGGGCGCAACGCUUGUGGACAGGACGGCUGUUUGGCAGGAUAGCGAUAUCUUGCUGAAAGUUCGUGCGCCCUUGCUAAAUGGAUCCAGCAACAACGAAGUGGCCGCUCUCCGGGAGGGGAGCACCCUCAUUUCUUUUCUAUACCCCGCACAGAAUAAGGAACUGGUCAACGCCCUGGCUGCUCGCCGCGUAACUUCGUUUGCGAUGGAUAUGAUUCCUCGCAUCUCCCGCGCACAAGUUUUUGAUGCUCUAAGCUCUAUGGCAAAUAUCGCAGGCUAUAAAGCCGUCCUCGAAGCUUCGAAUCACUUUGGGCGAUUUCUUCCAGGUCAAGUUACUGCAGCUGGAAAGAUCCCCCCAGGUAAAGUUCUCGUUAUCGGGGCUGGUGUAGCUGGUCUCAGUGCCAUUGGUUCCGCCCGUCGUCUUGGAGCAAUUGUCCGAGGGUUUGAUACACGAUCAGCCGCACGCGAGCAAGUACAGUCUCUUGGUGCUGAAUUCAUCGAAGUCGACAUCCAAGAAGAAGGCUCCGGUGCUGGUGGCUACGCGAAGGAAAUGUCGAAGGAGUUCUUGGAAGCUGAAAUGAAGCUAUUCAUGGAACAGUGCAAAGAAGUAGACAUUGUGAUCACCACUGCUUUAAUUCCCGGAAAACCAGCGCCUAAGUUGAUCAAGAGAGAGAUGGUAGCAGCAAUGAAACCAGGCUCUGUCAUAGUUGAUCUAGCGGCUGAAGCUGGUGGAAAUUGCGAAUUAACUGUUCCCGGACAAUUGACUGUUGAAAACGGCGUUACCAUUAUUGGAUACACGGAUCUUCCUUCUCGACUUCCAACACAGUCAUCCACUCUAUACUCCAAUAAUAUCACCAAAUUCCUUCUCUCCAUGGCCCCAGAAGAAAAGAAAUUUGGCAUCGACCCUACAGAUGAGGUUGUUCGUGGCUCAAUUGUUACUGAAAAUGGCGAAAUCCUCCCCCCCGCUCCUCGACCUGCUCCCCCUCCCGCUCCAGCUCCCAAGACUGCUGAUCUUUCCAAGGAGAGUGCUACCCUAGCCCUGACCCCAUUCCAGAAGAUCUCUCGGGAGGUUGCCACCGUAACUGGUGGAAUGGGUCUAGCAGUAACCCUCGGGAAGAUCACAGGCCCAUUGUUCAUGAGCAACGUAUUUACCGCUGGACUUGCCUCGCUUAUUGGCUAUCGUGUUGUUUGGGGAGUAGUUCCUGCUCUACACUCCCCGUUGAUGAGUGUAACGAACGCCAUCUCAGGCAUGGUUGGUGUGGGCGGCCUAUUUGUCAUGGGGGGAGGGUUUGUUCCUGAGACCGUUCCGCAGUUCCUCGGCGCAUUAUCGGUCCUGUUGGCAUUUGUAAACGUAUCUGGCGGUUUCGUCAUCACCAAGCGAAUGUUAGAUAUGUUUAGACGACCGACGGAUCCCCCUGAAUAUCCUUGGUUAUACGCCAUUCCCGGCCUGUUGUUUGGUGGAGGCUUCAUUGCAGCCGCAAGCACCGGUAUGGCUGGCCUUGUGCAAGCCGGAUAUCUUGUUAGCAGUCUCCUGUGCAUUAGCUCCCUUUCUGGCCUUGCUUCUCAAGCGACGGCGCGGCGAGGCAACAUCUUAGGUAUAUUGGGUGUAGCUUCCGGAAUGCUCGCUUCCCUGGCUGCUGUGGGCUUCUCCCCUGAAGUUCUUGCGCAGUUCGUCGGAGUUGCUGGGUUUGGAGGUAUUGUUGGCGCCUUGAUCGGUCGUCGCAUUACGCCAACUGGACUGCCACAAACCGUUGCAGCAUUGCACUCCGUUGUCGGAUUGGCUGCCGUUCUUACCAGCAUUGGAAGUGUUAUGGCAGAUCUUGGACAUAUUUCCACGCUCCAUCUUGUCACUGCAUAUAUGGGAGUUGUCAUUGGUGGCAUUACUUUCACUGGUUCAAUCGUCGCCUUCCUCAAACUAGCGGGACGGAUGGCUUCUCGUCCCACUAUUAUACCCGGCCGGCACGUAAUUAACGCAUCUCUCCUCGGAGGAAAUGCCGCUCUGAUGGGAGCAUUUGUCACCAUGGCCCCAGGUGCUCCUAUGACCGCAGCGUUAUGCCUGGGGGCUAGUACGGUACUCAGCUUUUUGAAAGGAUAUACUACAACUGCUGCCAUCGGUGGUGCUGAUAUGCCCGUGGUAAUUACCGUUUUGAAUGCAUAUUCUGGGUUUGCGCUGGUUGCGGAGGGCUUCAUGCUCGACAACCCCCUAUUGACCACUGUCGGAUCACUUAUCGGAGUCAGCGGUUCUAUUUUGUCAUACAUUAUGUGUGUUGCUAUGAAUAGAUCCCUGACCAACGUGCUAUUUGGUGGCAUAUCCUCCACAACCGCUACGGAUCACAAAAUUGAAGGACAAAUUACUAAAACAUCGAUCGAUGAAACGGUGGAUUCCCUUGCUAAUGCAGAGAGCGUUAUAAUUGUUGUCGGCUAUGGAAUGGCUGUCGCGAAAGCCCAGUAUGCAAUCUCGGAGAUCACACGAAUGCUGCGCGCCAAAGGAGUGAAGGUCAGAUUCGCAAUCCACCCCGUGGCCGGCAGAAUGCCUGGGCAAUGCAACGUCUUACUAGCAGAAGCCUCUGUGCCAUACGAUAUCGUACUGGAGAUGGAUGAAAUCAACGAUGAUUUCGAUGACACUGACGUGACGCUGGUUAUUGGUGCUAAUGAUACCGUCAACCCGAUCGCGCUGGAGCCCGGCUCUCCGAUCGCUGGCAUGCCCGUUCUAAAUGUUUGGAAGAGCAAGGAGGUCAUUGUCAUGAAGCGAGGCAUGGCUAGUGGAUACGCCGACGUACCGAACCCCAUGUUCUACAUGCCCAAGACAAGGAUGUUGUUCGGAGACGCGAAGACUUCCUGCGAUGCAAUCCAACGCGGUCUCGAAUCGCGGAAAUGAAAUCGUAAAUCGCCGGUUGGAUGAAACGACAAGAUCUAACACUAACUGUUGACUGACUCUAUCCUCGCAUCUACGACAAGGAUUUAGCCCAUAACAAACAACAACAUGGCCUUGCAGACAGAAAAACAAAGAAAUAAAAGAUAAGAGAGAAGAGAGAAGAAAAGGAAAGAAAGGAAAAUAAAAUAGAGAAGAGAAGAAAGAAAGGAGGAAUUCAUUGCAGCCGUAUGAAACCGCUAACCAAGAUAAGAAGUCAAACUCAAACGGCAACAAUUACGCAGCAAGGAUAUCUCACCCAAAUACCAUACUUCUUUCCUUGCUCUCGCCCACUGACCACUAACCACUGCCGUCUGUCGUCUCUCGUCUGCCCUCUGCUCGUCGAAAACAGAACUUGGGGGCCGGGGAGGGAGGAGAAAACGGAAGCGUGUUUAGAAACAGAAACAAACGAACUAUCUUUUCCUUCCCCUUUUCAUCUUGUUCUCAUACACUCACUCACUCGCAGUACAUGUGCCAAAAAGAGAGGGAGAAAAAAAAGGAGUGAUUUUUUUCCCCGUUAAAGAAUGAAAAGCCCUAGCUGCUAGAAAAGAAAACCACUGAAAAGCGAAAAGAUCUAUCUUGCCCUUCCUUGCCUUGGCCCCCCAAAUCGCAUAUAUUUAGACGGUUUUCUUGUUUUCUUUUUCUUUUUCUUUUUUGUUUCCCUAUUCUCAUUCCCUUUCCUUUUCUCAUCUUUUUCUCUUUCUCUGUUCUUCUUUCCUGCUCUUUCUUCGUAAGACCGGGAAAGCAAAGCAAGCAAAGCAAAGCAGGCAGGCAGGCAAUACCAUAUAUAAAGGACGUGAAUAUGCAUGCAUACCCAUUCAAUUCCAUGUUGAUUGGUUGAUUGAUAAUACAUAUUGUUAGCUAGAUCAUCCCGUUCCCAUCCCACCAACCCCUUUCGUUUCACUUUUUUCGCUUUUUUUUUUUUUUUUUUU